AUGCUUCAUGAAUCUAGAAUUGCCGAGACGCUUCCGGAAGAAGUUCUGACCAAAAUGCAUGCUCCAGCCAAGUCAAACCACCCGGUUGCUGAGCCCAGGGAUCUGCUCGCGUAUGAUGCUAUCCUGUUCGGCAUCCCCACCCGUUAUGGAAACUUCCCUGCGCAGUGGAAGGCAUUCUGGGACAAGACCGGCGGCAUCUGGGCCAAGGGCGAGUUCUUUGGCAAGUUCGCAGGCGUGUUCGUCUCUACCGGUACUCCUGGAGGUGGCCAGGAAUCGACUGUCAUCGCCUCUAUGAGCACUCUCGUCCAUCACGGAAUGAUCUUCGUCCCAUUGGGCUACAAGAACACUUUCCAGAUGCUGUCAAACGUUUCCGAGGUUCGUGGUGGUAGCCCAUGGGGUGCUGGAACCUUUGCUGGAGCCGAUGGUUCUCGUCAACCCACUGCUCUCGAGCUCGAGCUUGCUCAGACACAGGGUAAGGGAUUUUACGAGACCGUCUCAAAGGUCAAGUUUGCAUAG